CACGGCCGCGACGGGAUGGGAUGCGGGAGGGGCUCAAAUACAGCAGGCUCCGGCGCCACCGCGCACGCGGAACGGGGGCGCUGUCCAAAGCGCGUGAUCCAUUUCCUCCGUCCUCGCUCGGUGCGCGCGACACUCCGCCGGCCCGUCCCCCUCGCCGGCGACUUCUCGCCCUCCUCGCGGCCGCCCCCAGGCAGAGCGUGUUGCGACUUGCGAGCCAUGGCCGGCGACAAGAAGGUGUUCGGCUUCGAGGAGGUCGCCAGGCACAACGUCACCAAGGACUGCUGGCUCGUCAUCGCCGGCAAGGUGUAUGAUGUCACCUCUUUCAUGGAUGAGCAUCCUGGUGGAGAUGAGGUGCUGCUGGCAGUAACCGGGAAAGAUGCAACCAGCGACUUUGAAGAUAUCGGACACAGUGAUUCCGCAAGGGAGAUGAUGGAGAAGUACCACAUCGGAGAGAUUGAUGCUUCAACCAUCCCAGCAAAGCGUACAUUUGUACCUCCUCAACAAGGGUCCCAUGUCCAGGCCAAGGAUAAUGACAUCCUCAUCAAGAUCCUGCAGUUCCUUGUUCCCAUUUUUAUAUUGGGUCUUGCAUUUGGUAUCCGGCACUACAGCAAAUCUGAGUAGGCUGUUGGUGGCGAGUUGCUUCUGAGAAAUAGCUUUCAAGUAACAUGGUUUGAAUUAGAACAACAUAAUAAUGGUAUUGGUUGGCUGGUUUCAUUUGGUGGCAGUGUGUUGUCUUAUUGAUCAUACAAGGCACUCUGAAUUCCAAACGUCCAUAUGUAUGCCCAGAUUACUCCAAUUAUGUUUACAUUCUCAACAUAUGGAGUUUCUACAUUAAAAAAAAUGGCUGACG